CUCGAGAGUGGCUUUCAAUCUCAGAGUUGUUUUGACCGCGUUGCCAUUUGGACGUCGCCGCCGCAUUUAACGAAUUUGUUCCGCCAAGAUUCGCACCUUAUAUUGCGCGUCCUGUCCGCAUAGGAAAAUCGAAAAUCACCCCCCAGCAACUCCACCUCCUCCGCCUCUUCCGCUGCCUUUUUUGGCCAAUUGCAAAAGUUUGCCAACAGUGAAACGUGAAAUCUUUGAAUCUACUUUUGCAAAAAAUAAACGAAAACGAAAAAAAUUGAAUAUCUCCGUGCCGUUCGAGGCGUGUAAUUUUGUGUGUAUUUUUGCGCCUGAACCGGUGAACAACUAGCGGCAGAUCACGGCAUCCAGAUCUCACAACACAUCCACACCAUGGGCAAGGCAGAGUGCAUUAGCUACGAUGAGCACAAGUUGCCCUACAUCGAUCUGGGCUCGGCACAGAUCCGCAUGGAGAAGGAACCAGCGCCGGAAUGGGCACUAAAGAAGGCACAGGACGAGCUGCGGGAAGUGCCCGGCGUCAAGGAGCAGGCCAUCAAGGAUCUCAGGGAACUUAUUCAAAAUGAAAAGUACCUGAACCUGCCAUUGGAUGAUGAGUAUAUGAUGAUGUUCCUGCGUCCCACCCAUUACUAUCCAGAAAGUGCCUUGAAAAGGCUCAAGAACUUUUAUCACAUGAAACUGAAGUACGGAGUCGCUUGCGAGAACAUAAUCCCCAGCAAGUUGAGAAACGUUUUCGAGGCAAAUAUUCUGAAUUUGCUGCCCCAAAGAGAUCAACACGGCCGUCGCCUUUUGGUGCUGGAAGCUGGCAAAAAAUGGAAGCCAUCGCAAGUGCCCUUGGUGGAUCUAUUCCGUGGCAUUCAAUUGACCGUACUGGGUUCUAUGGUGGAGCCCUACUCACAAAUUUGCGGCGCAGUUGUCAUCAUCGAUAUGGAAGGGCUGCCACUUAGCCACAUUACACAAUUUACCCCGUCGUUUGCGGCCAUGUUGCUGGAUUACAUUCAAGAAUGCAUCUGCAUGCGUUUGAAAGCAGUUCACAUUGUGAAUAAUUCAUACAUAUUCAAUAUGCUCUUUGCUGUAUUCAAGCCAUUCAUUCGCGAAAAGCUGCGCAAGAGGAUAUUCUUCCAUGGCAAGGACUACAAGUCCCUGAUCUCCCAUAUUGAGGCGAAGGCUUUGCCUCCGAAAUACGGUGGUUCUGCCACAUGGGAACUGCCACCCGGCAAAGUCCUGGGCGAAUUCUUUGAGUGCUAUUCCAAGGAUUAUGAACUUGCUGACAGCUAUGGUUAUACUGAAGGGUAUAAGAUGAAGAAGUAAGAGUACAAGGAAAAGUCCAAAACUAUCCCCCCAAAUCCGCACAAUCCUCACUUCCCCCUUUCGAUUCGUAUUUUAGUCACUUAAGUUGGGUCAUUUGUGAUAUUGCAAAUAUUGUCGUACGUUAAGUAAUAGUCUCUUUGCCCUUUAAAUGUAAGGUUAAGAAAAAUAAUCACAAUAAUUAAAAUGGUCACGAUUCAAGCUGAUGAGCUAGGCAUUAAAGUUGAUACCAUAUGUACUAUAUAUUUUGUAUAAUUGUUAUUGAACUAAUAAAGAUGAAAAAAUUUUGUUAAAAUUCAAAACAAA